AGCAGUUUGGGCUCAGUCCGUUUGGUGCGUCGAACUUGACGCAGCUCCAGCAUCGGCUCCGCUAUGUAUCAGCGCGAGGAUGUCAACGUGGGCAAACUCCUCAAGAGGCUGCCAAAGGCAGUGAGGAGCAAAGUCCAGUCGAAGGAGUACCUGGACCAGUGCUGGACCAUCUUCAAGAAGUAUGAUGCCUUUCAGAGGGAGAAGCUGGAAGGAUCAAGCCUUUGGAAAGCACUGCUGGAGGCGUUGCCUGAGUCGUUUGCCCAGGCAAUCCUCAACAAUCAGUACGGAUGGUCCCUGCAGCAGGACUCAGUCCAUGCUUUUACAGGGUGUGGCCGUGAUGGCGAGCCAGCAGUCUCCUUCAUCAAGUUCCCCGAGUACGUGAAGUUCACCCUGGCGCUCAUUCUGCACAAGUACAGCGUCCACUCGCAAGUCCUGGACUGCAAGAUGGCAUUGAAGCCUCAGGAGCUGGAUCAUAGCAAGCGCAAGACAAAGGUGGUGGCGAGCUUGGGCCCGGCAUCCUGGAGCGAGGAGAUGAUUCCAAAGAUGAUCGAGGCGGGAACCGACAUUUUCCGCUUGAACUGCUCCCACCGCCGCGGCGGUGACUUCGAGCGGGUCUACCCCUUGAUCAGGAAGUACUCCAAACUCCUGGGGCGCAGAGUGGAAUGCUUGGGCGACCUCCAGGGCCCGAAGUUCCGCGUGGGCGAGCUGGAAGGGGAGCCUGUUCCGCUCAUCGAGGGCGAGGUGGUGGAGUUUGGCAUCUGCAAGGAUGACAACGACCUCAUCAAGCCCGGCCGCAUCACCAUGAAGCCGACGAAGGAACAGCUGGCCCUGGUGAAAGCUUGCAAGGUGGGCAUUGACUUGCUCAUUGAGGACGGCAUCAUGAAGGUCACCGUGGUGGAGAAGCUUUCCGACACAGAGCUCAAGGUGAAGAUCAUCCGCGGGGGCAAGCUGAAGGCCCGGAAGGGUGUGAACGUCCCGGACUGCGAGAUCGACUGUGCCGCGCUCACAGAGAAGGACAUUGAGGAUGCUGAAUACCUGCUCCAGCUGGACCCACCUGUGGAGUACAUUUGCGUGUCCUUCGCUCAGAAGGCUCAGGACCUGCAGGAGCUCAUCGACAUCAUGGACCGCCUCAAGGUGCCGGCCGAGAAGCGCCCGAAGAUCUGCCCCAAGAUCGAGAAGCCCCAGGCCUUCACCAACAUCGAGGGCAUCAUCGCCAAGUCGCAGGCGCUGAUGGUGGCCAGAGGAGACCUGGGGGUGGAGCUGGGGCUGAACCGCGUGCCCUUCGCCCAGAAGCUGCUGAUCCAACGCGCCAAGCAGGCUGGUCUCUUCGUGAUCACUGCCACGCAGAUGGUCGAGAGCAUGAUCGAGAACCCCGUGCCCACACGCGCAGAAGUUUCUGAUGUGAUGAACGCCAUUUGGGACGGCUCGGAUGCUGUGAUGCUCAGCGGGGAGGCGGCCAGUGGAAAGUACCCCUGUGAGGCUGUGAUGGCAGAAGCUGCCGCCAGCCGGGAGGCGGAGUCUGUGAAACACCGGCUUCAACAGGCGUGCCCCUUUGUUGCCAUUGACGGCCACAUGCCGCUGCGGCCGCCCAAAGCCGUGCACUGCGGCAUGGCGCUGAAGCGCCAGGAGACGGACCACAGCAAGCGCAAGACCAAGGUGGUGGCCAGUUUAGGCCCCGCCUCCUGGAGCGAGGAGAUGAUCCCCAAGAUGAUCGAGGCCGGCACCGACAUCUUCCGCCUGAACUGCUCCCAUCGCCGCGGGGGGGACUUUGAGCGAGUGUAUCCCCUGAUCCGGAAGACUGCCAAGGAGCUCGGGAAGCAGGUGGAGUGCCUCGGGGACCUGCAGGGCCCCAAGUUCCGGGUGGGGGAAUUGGCGGCAGACCCGGUGCAGCUGAAGGAUGGUGAGGUCUUUGAGUUCGGCAUCUGCAAGGAUGACAACGACCUGAUCCGCCCGGGCCGCAUUACCAUGAAACCGACCAUCGAGCAGAAUGCACUGGUGAAGGCAUGCCAGCCGGGCACGCCUUUGCUGCUGGAGGACGGCAUCAUGGAGGUGAAGGUGGUCGAGAAAUGCUCCGAGACCGAGCUCAAGGUAAAGGUGGUCCGCGGAGGCAAGCUCAAGGCGCGGAAGGGUGUCAACGUGCCCACGGUGCAGAUCGACUGCGCUGCCCUCACGGAGAAAGACGUGGAGGAUGCGGAGUUCCUCUUGAAGCUUGAGCCGCCCAUCGAGUACAUUUGCGUCUCCUUUGUGCAGAAAGCUCAAGACCUGCAGGAACUGAUCGACAUCAUGGACCGUUUGCAGAUCCCUCAGGAGCGUCGCCCGAAGAUUUGCCCCAAGAUCGAGAAGCCUCAGGCAUUGACGAACAUCGAUGGCAUCAUCACGAAGUCCCAGGCGCUCAUGGUGGCCAGAGGGGACCUGGGAGUGGAGCUGGAGCUCGAGCGGGUUCCCUUCGCGCAGAAGCUGCUGAUUAGGAGGGCCAAAGAUGCUGGCCUCUUCGUCAUCAACGCCACGCAGAUGGUGGAAAGUAUGAUUGAGCAGCCGGUGCCUACCCGCGCCGAAGUGAGCGAUCUGCAGAACGCCGUCUGGGACGGUGCGGAUGCGGUGAUGCUCAGCGGCGAGGCCGCCAGCGGGAAGUUCCCCUGUGAGGCGGUGCGCGCAGAGGCGGACGCCGCCUUGGAGGCGGAGAGCGUGAAGCACCUGCUGGUGCCGCAGGUCUUCGAUGACUACGUGGUGGAGGAGGGCAACAAGCCGAGGGAGCUGGAUGAUGGCAAGCGCAAGACCAAGGUGGUGGCGAGUUUGGGCCCCUCCUCGUGGAGUGACGAGAUGAUCCAAAAGAUGAUCCUGGCUGGCACGGACAUCUUCCGCCUGAACUGCUCGCACCGCCGAGGUGGAGACUUUGAGCGAGUCUACCCAUUGAUCCGCAAGCAUUCCAAGGAGCUGGGCGUCACAGUGCAGUGCCUCGGUGACCUCCAGGGUCCCAAGUUCCGCGUGGGCGAGCUGGCGGGCGAUCCGGUGGAGCUGAAGAAUGGCGACGUCCUCGAGUUCGGCAUUUGCAAGGACGACGCCGACACCAUCAAGCCUGGCCGUAUCACCAUGAAGCCAACCACAGAGCAGAAUGCCCUGGUGGAGGCCUGCAAAGUGGGCACGGUGCUUCUCAUCGAGGAUGGCCUCAUGGAGGUGAAAGUCACCGAGAAGUGCUCCAAUACCGAGCUAAAGGUGGAGGUCCUCAGGGGUGGCAAGCUCAAGGCGCGCAAGGGCGUCAAUGUUCCGGACCUGGAGAUCAAUUGUGCGGCCCUCACCUCCAAGGACAUCGAGGAUGCAGAGUUCCUCUUGCAGCUGGAUCCCCCCAUCGAAUACAUUUGCGUUUCCUUCGUGCAGAAGGGCCAAGACUUGCAGGAGCUGAUCGAUAUCAUGGAUCGCCUCAAGAUCCCGGCGGAGCGCCGGCCCAAGAUCUGCCCCAAGAUCGAGAAGCCCCAGGCGCUGACCAACAUUGACGGCAUCAUCGCCAAGUCGCAGGCGCUGAUGGUGGCCCGAGGGGACCUCGGAGUGGAGCUGGGCUUGUACCGCGUGCCCUUCGCCCAGAAGCUGCUCAUCGCGCGUGCCAAGCAGGCUGGGCUCUUCGUGAUCAACGCUACACAGGUGGUGGAAAGCAUGAUCAAGAACCCCGUGCCCACCCGCGCCGAAGUGAGCGACGUGUGCAACGCUGUGUGGGAUGGCGCGGAUGCUGUGAUGCUUUCCGGAGAAGCUGCCAGUGGUGACUUCCCCCUCGAGGCUGUCAUGGCGGAGGCCUCUGCGGCCCGGGAGGCGGAGUCCGUGAAGCACCGACUCCGUCGCGCCUGCCCACCGGUGGAGUCAUGUGAAGUGGUGCCGCCAAUGCUGCACGUGAACAUGGGCAACAAGAAGCAGGAGACGGACGACUCUCUGAGGAAGAGCAAAGUGGUGGCCAGCCUGGGCCCUGCCUCGUGGAGUGAGGAGAUGAUUCCCAAGAUGAUCGAGGCGGGCACGGACAUCUUCCGCCUGAACUGCUCUCACCGCCGGGGUGGGGACUUCGAACGAGUCUACCCGCUGAUCCGCAAAACGGCUCACGAGAUGGGCAAGAAGGUGGAGUGCUUGGGGGACCUGCAGGGCCCCAAGUUCCGCGUGGGCGAGCUGGCGGGAGAGCCCAUCGAUCUCAUCAACGGCGAGGUUCUGGAGUUUGGCAUCAGCGUGGACGACAACGACAACAUUCGGCCAGGGCGCAUCACCAUGAAGCCCACCUUGGAGCAGAAGGCGUUGAUCGCGGCCUCCAAGGUUGGCAUCGACCUGUUGCUGGAGGAUGGCAUUAUGAAGGUCCAAGUGGUGGAGAAGCUCAGUGACACUGAGCUCAAGGUGAAAGUUAUCCGGGGCGGCAAGCUGAAGGCGCGAAAGGGCGUGAAUGUUCCGGACGUCGAGAUCGACUGCGCAGCUCUGACUGCCAAAGACAUCGAGGAUGCAGAGUUCCUGCUGCAGCUGGACCCACCCAUCGAGUACAUUUGCGUGUCAUUCGUGCAGAAGGGCCAGGACCUCCAGGAGCUGAUUGACAUCAUGGACCGCCUCAAGGUGCCGCAGGAGAAGCGCCCCAAGAUUUGCCCCAAGAUCGAGAAGCCUCAGGCCCUGACCAACAUUGACGGCAUCAUCGCCAAAUCGCAGGCGCUCAUGGUGGCCAGAGGAGACCUCGGAGUGGAGCUGGAGCUUGAGAGGGUGCCCUUCGCCCAGAAGCUGCUGAUCCGCAAAGCCAAGGAUGCGGGGCUCUUCGUGAUCAACGCCACGCAGAUGGUGGAGAGCAUGAUCGAAAACCCAGUGCCAACCCGCGCGGAAGUGAGCGACCUCCAGAAUGCUAUUUGGGAUGGAGCAGAUGCUGUCAUGCUGAGUGGUGAGGCCGCCAGCGGGAAGUUCCCCUGCGAGUCGGUGAAGGCCGAGGCGGCAGCGGCCCUCGAGGCCGAGAGCGUCAAAGACCUGCUCCAGGUGCGCUUGCCCCUGGACUACUGCUGCGACGAGGGCAACAAGCCCCGGGAGCUGGACGACUCCAAGCGCCGGACCAAGGUCGUGUCCAGCUUGGGCCCUGCCUCCUGGAGCGAGGAGAUGAUCCCCAAGAUGAUCGAGGCGGGCACGGACAUCUUCCGCCUGAACUGCUCCCACCGCCGGGGUGGGGACUUCGAACGGGUCUACCCGCUGAUCCGCAAGACCGCCAAGGAGAUGGGGAAGAAGGUGGAGUGCCUCGGCGACCUCCAGGGUCCCAAGUUCCGGGUGGGCGAGCUGGCCGGGGAGCCGGUGCCGCUGCAGAACGGCGACAUCUUGGAGUUCGGGAUUUGCGUGGAUGACAACGACAACAUCCGCCCAGGACGCAUCACAAUGAAGCCCACCCUUGAGCAGAACGCCCUUGUCAAGGGCUGCCAGGUGGGGACGACGCUGCUCAUCGAAGAUGGGAUCAUGGAGGUGGUGGUCACUGAGAAGAUCAGCGACACGGAGCUCAAGGUUCAAGUGACACGCGGGGGCAAGCUCAAGGCAAGGAAAGGCGUGAACGUGCCAGACAUCGAGAUCGACUGUGCAGCUCUGACUGUCAAAGACAUCGAGGAUGCCGAGUUUCUUCUUCAGCUGGAUCCACCCGUCGAGUACAUUUGCGUCUCCUUCGCUCAGAAGGCCCAGGACCUACAGGAGCUCAUUGACAUCAUGAACCGCCUGCAGAUUCCUCCGGAGCGCCGUCCCAAGAUUUGCCCGAAGAUCGAGAAGCCCCAGGCGUUGACCAACAUCGACGGCAUCAUUGAGAAGUCAGAGGCCUUGAUGGUGGCGCGCGGUGAUCUUGGCGUGGAGCUGGGCCUGAACCGCGUGCCUUUCGCCCAGAAGUUGCUGAUCCGCAAGGCCAAGGAUGCGGGGCUCUUCGUCAUCACCGCCACCCAGAUGGUGGAAAGCAUGAUCGAGGCGCCGGUCCCCACCCGCGCUGAAGUGUCAGAUCUCUGCAAUGCUGUCUGGGAUGGCACAGAUGCCGUGAUGCUGUCUGGAGAGGCGGCCAGUGGCAAGUAUCCUCUUGAAGCCGUCAUGGCUGAAGCAGCGGCAGUGCGGGAGGCGGAGUCAGUGGAGCAUCGGAUGCUCCCAGCGAUCCCCGUGGUGGUUUGAACAACGCUUUCGAACUGAGCGGGCUUGGGGUUCGAGUGACAGGCUAGACUCAAUCAGCAUAUCAUCGGCUCCAGUGCGUUCCAUUUACGGCGUGAGAGCCUUGGGGGUAAAGUGGGAUG